UAUCCUCGAUUUUUAAGUAACACGAUCCAUGUUAAAUUCACAUGAAACAGUUGUACACACGAAACAACAACAAUUUUUCCAUUUUAACAUGAUAUUUUUAACAGGAAAAAAGUGUUAAGAGUAACAUGAAGUAUUUUUGGUUAAUUUACCAAGAUAUAGUGUUAAAUUUACAUGUGAAUAGUGUUAAAAAUAUAUGGCAACGUGAUUCCUGUUUGUUGCAACCUGAGUUAUUGUAAAAUUUACAUGAGGGUUUUUUUUAAAUAAUGUUGAUUCAAACACAUAAAGUGUUAAAUUUACAUUUAGUUGAUGUUAAAAAGGUCUGGCAACAUGAUUUCUGUUUGUUUUGACAUGAGCUAUUGUGAAUUUUACAGGGUAUGUGGUUAGAGAACAUAAAAGUACCGUAAUAUUUUAUUUGCGUGCGCGUUCUUCGUCAUUCGGUUGCAUUUUUAUUUGGUGUAUUAUUUGUGAAAGAUUAUUAAAAAAAGCUAUUUAAAUAUUAAGAAGAAUGGGUACAGAAAAUGUCUUUGGGGAAUCGGCGGGCAUAUAUUUCCUUAUUGAUGGUGAUUUAACCAUGGGGAAUGAAGUUGAGACUUCACUGCAGCAAAGCCAAGCCACUGAAGCUUCACGUGAAAAAGAAAAUUUGAAAGACGUCGUAUGUGGUAAAAUGAACUUCAGUGAAGAAGUUUAUCAAAGAAUUCUCGGUAAGUUCUUUGAGAAUCUGCGAGGAACCAUAUGCAUAUUUAUGUUAUUGACAGAUUGCGGAAUGGAUGUAGAAAGUCUGUAUUUCAUCAACGAUGGGGACAUAAAUGAACUUUUCCCUGCAUCAAUGCUCGGAACGAGAGUAAAGUUUAAAGAAAGAGUUGCACGUUGGCGACAGAAUGAAGUAAGUAAAUCAUUUUCACAUCAAUGAUAAGCUUUGCAUACUUUUUUUAUUUUAAGGCUGAUACCAUUUCGUCAAUAGGAUUAUGCAAGAGUUGGAUAAAUUCUAGCCAAGAGUCUCACGACUCGAUAAGAGACAUGGAAGCAAAGAAUUUAAAGUUAAUACUUAAUGCCACUGAAAGAGGUCAAAGCAUCUUUAAACAAUACAGAGAAAAGACCGUGCUGUCAGAUGUUAGUCGUGACAUUUUGGUAAAUACCAUUGUUGACCACUUCUCAGCGCGAUCAGUGCCUAUGACAAUGAAAGAUAUCAUCACCUUUUCUGAGCAAAUAACAAUUUUAUUUCCCAACGAAGACAUGCGCUAUUACUGCAACCGUCGAAAUGGCAAAAAUCCAACAGGCAAACUUUAUGAUAAGGCAACAAACAUCCGAAGGAAAAUAAAAAAAGAAACAGGAGCACUAAGCGUUGCACCUAAAUGUCAACCCACUCAAUCAAGUUUGUCGGAGCAGGCGAGCAAUAAUGAAAAUGACUUAGCCAUGAAAAAUUGGCUUUGUCAUAAUGUAGAGCCUUGGGGCGAUGUUGUAGAAAAAUGGACUUUUUUUAUGGAUGGACAGUCUUGGAUACACUUUGGUAAGUUUAGCUUUAUAUAUGUACCUAUUUUAAAUUUUCUUAUUUAUGAUAUAAAACUUUGGAAUUUGUAUAUUUUCAAUUAUACUGCAGGUUGAAAUUGAUUUUGAAGCGAAAUUUCCCAACUGUUCGCAGAAUUUGCUAAACAAAUGGCCAAAAUUUAGAAAGUCAAUUAUACCUUACAUGAAGACAAAAAUAAGAGAUGCAACGUCCAUUGAUAUGCUAAAAAAAAUUGACGAAAACAUCAGUACUGACUCAAUGGAUUGUUUAUUGACACUGCUUUUGCAUGCGAUACUUAAACCGUCAUUAAUUUCCGUUGGACAAACUUCUGGUGAAAAACGGCUUAAAUGGAAGCCAUCAAUAUGUGAUGCGCAAGCAGUGACAUUGCUGCAUUGCAGCAGCAUAAACGAUUAUCAGAGGAUGUACCACGAAUUAAAGAUUAAGUUAAAUCAAAAGAAUCUUCCUCUUCAGCCGCUACUAUUGGUAGUCGGAGAGAAACUAACUCAGUUAGACUCUUUUUACGUUAUUUUCGACAGUAUAAUUUACAAGGUACCGACAUUUUUAAAAUCACUUGAUACUUUAUUUAAAAUCUUUCAUGUAUUAAAUUUGGAAUAUCCGAUACAAGCGAAAUCCAUAUAUAAUUUUAUC